GCGGCGUCACAGUGGCGCGUUCGGCCGCCCCGGCCCGCGCGUGACGUCGGCGCGUCCCGCGGUCCCGGCGGCGGGGCCGGAGGGAGCGGCAGGUGGCGGCGGGCGGAGCGGAGCGGGGCCGAGCGGAGUUGAGCGGCGCGGGCCGGCCCGGCGGGUGAGUCCCCGCGCCGCCGCGGGCAGGCCCGAGCUGGAGCGAUCGGAAGGAGGCGACGACGGCGGCCUCGGCCACCAAAGGCCUCUCCGACAGCGCCCCCUGCGCGGCCGCCCGGGGCCGGGGCGGCGUUGCCUCCCCUCGCCCCUCCGCCGCCGGCGGGGUGCGGACCGAGCCGGAGCGGGCGCCGCGGCCUCCCCGCGCGGUUUGCAGAGAAGCUGAAACGCUGUUGUGUAGCACUGAGCAGGACAAGUCAGGAAUGAGCAAGCCUUGGGAAGGAGGACCUGCCAUCCUAGCUGGAGACAUCUGAAGAGAGACCAUUUCAGUCUUGUGGCAUGCUUCAGUAGAAAUUAUUCAGAAAAAGAAAAAUACUGUGUGGUCAGUUUUGUUUAAUUCUUAAUACCAUGAAGUUCCAGUGGAAGUGCUUCCACAGACAUAACGUAGCAGAAUAGCCAUCCAAGAUGUUUGUCCUUGGUUCUGAAGGAUUGCCUCUUCUGUAAAAACCUACGUGUACAUCCUCCUACCAGCUGAUAAACAAACUCUGUGACCUAGAUUUGGUAUUAAAAAAGGAUGGCUGGCUGUGGUGAAAUAGAUCAUUCGAUCAACAUGCUUCCCACAAACAGGAAGACAAACGAGUCAUGUACCAGUGCAGCACCUUCCCUGCAAGUCCCUGAAUGUGCUAUCUGUCUGCAAACAUGUGUCCAUCCAGUAAGUCUGCCCUGUAAACAUGUUUUCUGCUAUCUGUGUGUUAAGGGAGCUUCUUGGCUUGGGAAACGAUGUGCACUCUGCCGGCAGGAGAUUCCUGAGGAUUUUCUUGACAAGCCAACCUUACUGUCACCCGAAGAACUCAAAGCGGCAAGCAGAGGCAAUGGAGAAUAUGCUUGGUACUAUGAAGGUAGAAAUGGCUGGUGGCAGUAUGAUGAACGUACCAGCAGAGAGCUGGAAGAUGCCUUUUCCAAGGGUAAAAAGAGCACUGAAAUGCUAAUUGCUGGUUUUUUAUACGUAGCAGACCUUGAAAACAUGGUUCAGUAUAGGAGAAAUGAGCAUGGACGUCGCAGAAAAAUAAAACGGGACAUAAUAGAUAUACCAAAGAAGGGAGUGGCUGGGCUGAGGCUGGACUGUGACACCAACACUGUCAACCUGGCACGAGAAAGCUCUGCUGAUGGUGCAGACAGCACACUGACUCCAGGGGCUGCAGCUGUGCAGCCUCUAGCAUCCAUUUCUGUGAGGCCCCUACCAGCACUAGAUGGUCAGCUCGUGAGCCCUUCAACGCCAUCACCUGAUGCAAGCAAUUCUCUAGAGAACUCUUUUGCCCACUUGCAAAUAAAUGGAGACAGUAUGGCUGAAAGGAGUCACAGGGGAGAGGGAGAAGAAGACCAUGAAUCUUCAUCUUCUGGUAGGGUGCCAGCCCCCGACACCUCUGUUGAGGAGACCGAAUCGGAUGCCAGCAGCGACAGUGAGGAUGUGUCUGCCCACCUUCAGCAACGCCCGUCCCCUGGUCAGCAGAGACACUUGAAUGCCGGUGCAAGCCAGGCAGGAGCAGAUAGACCAGGGACAGGGGGUGGGGUGGCAAACACAAGUGUAAGAUCUAGAAGGCCAGAUGGACAGUGCACAGUCACUGAAGUUUAAAUCUAGAGCCAUGCGAAAAAAAACCCAUUCAGUUGUAAUUUUCUGUAAAUUUUCUGUCCAAAUUGGCAUUGCACUCAAACCUAGCAGUGUAUUUGGUGGGAGGGUGGGGUGAGGGGGAGAAAACAAAUUUGGCCUGUUUUAACUUAAGUCUCUUAACAUGUCUCAGCUGGAAGACUUUCUAACUCUAGGAAGCUGGGUUGUACUGUUAAUGGUUUGAAAGCUGUUUAACAAUGCCCAGUUUUCUUGAAAAUGUCUUGUGUUUAUUUUGUAGCAUUUUCCCCUUGAAGAUACUCUACCCCUUUUUGGCCAAUGUAUAUCUACUGUACAACUUGAAUUGUCUUCAUUAUCUGACUGUUGCAUUGUCUUACUACUUUCUGCAUGGAUUGAUGUACGAAAAGAACACUAAAGCUGUGUGAAAUCAGUCAAGGUGUUGGGUGUGAGCAGGAUGCUUAAUUUAAUGUGAGAAAAUAGAUGUGAGUUUGGAGUUAAAAUGUGUUUUUACUAGGCAAGAGCAAUCAUUUACCUUCUUUCAAUGGAAAUGUAAAAAUGCUGUUAACUUGUGUUGCAAAUCCUUACCUUUGCACUCUCCAUGGCUUUUUCACUGGCUUUGCCAUCUAGUCCUUGUAGUUUUGUUUUUUGAGAUCUUUCUUGAUCUGUCUUGUUUUUGUUACAGAAUUUAUAAUUUAAUAAAACUACAUUUUAUCAGUAACAAUCUCA